AUGGACGCCAAACGAGAGACCACCGGCCUCACGCACGAUAUCUCAGGCGUCGGCGAUGCAUUGGAGGGGAAUCAGAAGCCGGUGCAGUCGCUUCUGCGUCGCAUUGACUGGCGCAUCGUCCCCAUCAUGUUCCUGACCUAUUUCCUGCAAUUCCUCGACAAAGUGUGCUUGAACUAUGCAAAUGUCAUGGGCCUCCAAACAGACCUGGGGAUGUCCGGCAAUGACUUCUCGUGGCUCGCGACGGCCUUUUUCAUUGCCUACGCUGUGGCAGAGGUCCCACAAGGAUAUCUUCUGCAGAAAUUCCCCAUCACGCGAGUCCUCGGCUGCAAUGUCUUUAUUUGGGGCAUUCUCCUGUGCUGCUCCGCUGCUGCGCAGAACUACGGGGGGUUGAUGGCCCUGCGCGUCCUGCUCGGCACCACAGAAGCAGUCGUCGGUAUGUCCAAGAAUCAGAUCAAAACCCUAUCAAAGUGCUAA